AUGGCAGCUCUUGUUCAGACGUUACCACAACAGACAACUACGGUCACUAUGCUUCAAACUCGACCAUCCUCUGCCUCUGGCACUCUACAACCUUCGCAAAAUCAAGCGGCAUAUCAUCAAUAUUCUAUCAACCCUCAACAACGAAACAACUUUCAUGGCUUGAACAACAACAAUAUGGCGAUAUCAAGUUACCGCGGUCAUAGUUCGAUGGCCCCGAUUGCACCAUAUGCAUUCACUACUUCACCCGGCAUGUCGAUAGGAGCUCAACAAACACCAAAUGGGUCUCAAUCAAGGCCAGAACAACAGAGAACAGCAUCAGCCCCCAUAGUCCCUACCUUGCAAGGGGGCUCGACGACUGCUCCAAAUCGCUCACGAUACCCUGCUGCUCUAUCUGUAUCAACCACAUCUUCAUCCUCAUCAUCAGAACUUUCUCAAAGGUCAGGAACAAGAGAUGAUUCGGCCAUCACCUCCACAGCUCGAAUUGCAACAAGAACUCCCCGCCCACAUUCCACCAUCAUCACGUCGCACAAUCAAACUUUAGCUCCUCCUAUGGCGUCCCCAGCAAAACCCGUCCCUGAUCGCUAUCGUCGCCCUGCAAUUCGCCGUGCCGAUUCAUCGAACAGUAGCCAGGCUGGUGUUUCGAGCUCUUCAGUCUCAACGAUGCCAAAUGUCAUGCAAUUUUAUGGUGCCAGUACACAAGCUGUCAACAGCCAAGCACUCAACUUGCAGAUGCCACAACAAAAUCAACCAAGUGCAACUGCUGAUGAUUUGCAGUUGAAUCAGCGUACUACCUCGGAACAGGCAAAGAGAUAUCGACGUCGAAGCAUACAUACAAUCGAUGCUCACGAUAACAUCAACGCUAGUCCCAGCCCUGGAAUUUUACAGCAGGGGUCAAGGCCAGUGAACAGCGCUAGUGGUCGUAUUGAUCAGCCGCCUGAGCAACACGGGCAACACCCCUUGCGAAGUUCACCAGUUGUUACGGUACGCCCAGCAACUUCUCAUGGACGGAAUGAUAGUACCGAUAGCAUCAAGUCCACUCGUAGCGGUCACUCACGCCCGAACUCGUCGGACAAGCGAGAAGCAACAAGUGUAUCAAUGGCAACUGGAAGCCCCGCUCAUUCUUCGACUUCUUCCGUCGCAAAUUCGAACGCCUUCAAUGGUAAAGAUCAAGCAAUUUCCAAGAAUGAUCAGCCACGACUUGUGAACAUUCCAGUUCGUGCAUCCUCGACCGAUGCCGCGAAAAGACUUUCUAGCCCAUCUCCUUUAUCGAAGCCGGUGACGAUGGGUGCCGAUUCGUCGGCGUCUAAGUCCAAGGACUCGUUUGCUUCAGCCGUCAAUGCAGCACUACAACCAGCUCAAUCCAAAUCUACAAACGCACAGCCUGCAACGAGUUCAAAUGCUAUCAGCCCUGCUGCACAGCAAUUGGCUGCAUUAAACGAUAAGGAAGGAAAGAAGAGUAAGACAUCGAGAUUGAGGAGGGCAUUCUCUUUUGGCUCUGCUGCUGAGUUAAGAAAGGCAUCUGCCGAAAACCAUCUCGUGAGCAGGAGUGGCAAUGAUGCUUUGGAUCGUUCCAAGUUACGAAGGGAAAAAUAUCAACAUGAGCAAGAAGCAGAACAAGAUAAGAUUGCUCAGCAACAAGAAGCUGCUGGUAUCGGAUCGAAUAUUUACUCUGGGCAAGGCAAUUUCUUCACUGGUUCGACCGAUAACUUAUCCAUUUCAUCGACUGCUUCUUCCGCCUCUGUAAUGAUUCGAAAGAUGGGUAAGGGAAUGAAGAAGUCAACAAGAUCUCUCGUCGGCCUCUUUAGACCAAAGUCUGUCAUUGGUGUACCUGCAGCUGAUGCAGCUGUGCCUGAAGCUAGUCAAGCACAGGUCUCGAUGGUUAACGUUGAGGCAGAGAGAGAGAAGGUCAAUGUGAACGCGAAUGCGGCCGAUGCUGCUUCUGGCGGAACAGGAUUUCCUAGACUAGAAAGAAACUCUCUCGAUGCUGCAGCUAUCAGUUCAGCGUCCACAGACCGUCUAGGCAGUGCCAAUACUGAGAACUCUGCAAAUAGAAGAAGUAUUGUUGGUGGUGAGAAGGAGCGUGCUGAAGUAUUGGCCGCUGUCAAGAAGGGAAUCCUCAAACGCUCUGGUACUGGUUCUGGUAAUUCGUCACCGGUAAUCCUUCCAGUAGAUGGAAGAGCAGCAAACUUCAACUUACCCCAAAUCCCCAAUGUCAACAACGAUUCACCGAAUUCGUCUGCCCCCAGUACACCAAAUGAUGACCAAGUGCAUAAACAAGAGGUCACUUUAGGAGGAGAGGAUUACUUCAUGUCUGCGCUCAGAUUCAGGGGAGGAGAUUCAAAGAGUGUUCCUGGAACACCUUCAGGUACCAUUAAAAGAAACGCUACUUUCAGUCCUCGGAUACAAUUUCACGACACUUGGCCAAGUCAAGAGUACGACCGCAGGGGUGAAAUUGCAACCUGCAAUCGACUCACUCCAAUGCUCGCCCAACAAAUUAAGGAAGAGCUUAAUACUUUCAAAAUGGAAAUGGAGGUUCAUGAGAAUUCUAAGAUCUAUACACACUUCUUCUAA